AUGGAUGUUGGAACAUUACUCAAUCCACAAAUUGAUACUGGUCAAAUUGAAGGCAAUUUCAUACAAGGAGUUGGACUUUUUACUAUGGAAGAACUCAUCCGGGGUGAUAAAAAAUUCAAUAAAUGGAUUCCAUCAGGACAAUUAUACACUUGUGGAGUUGAUACUUACAAGAUUCCAUCGUUUAGUGAUGUUCCGAUUGAUUUUCGUGUUUCAUUAUUAUCUAAUUCAUUAAAUCCGCGAGCCAUCUAUUCUUCGAAAGGUAUUGGUGAACCGUCAAUUUUACUUGCUGCAUCAGCUUUUGUUGCUUUAAAACAAGCGUGUCAAGUCUAUCGAGAACAACAAAGUUUAUCAGGCUAUUUUACACUUCAUUCACCAGCAACUGUCGAACGUCUUCGAAUGGCUUGUGUCGAUGAAUUUACUCGUCGUGUCUGUCCUGAUGAAUAUGAAACAGUUCUGUCAAGAGGGUCAUAUUAA